AUGGAUCCCGCUGGGUCUGUGGCUUCUCCUGAUAUCCCUGGAAACCCCGAGAGCGGAGCGGAGCCAGGUAACGGCCAUAGCUGCAGGCUCAGGAAACAUGCUGCAUGUACAGUCGCAGUGAGCGUUGUACUUGUCAUUCUGAUUGUUGCUGUUGUUGUUCUGGCAGUGCAGGUACUUAAAGCACAGCCCCAGUGCAUGGCCUGGUGCCCAGACGGUUGGAUCGGAUACCGAGGGAAAUGCUACUAUUUCUCCGAGGCUCAAGAGAACUGGAACAACAGCCAGAGACUCUGCUCUGCACUCAGCGCCUCCCUGGCUAUGAUUGACAGCGAGCAGGACCUGGCUUUCAUGCUGCGAUACAAAGGCAUCUCCGAGCACUGGAUCGGCCUCAGGAGAGAGCAGGAGGGACAGCGCUGGAAAUGGGUGAAUGGCUCUGUUUUCAACAACUUGUUCCCGAUAAGAGGAGGAGGUAACUGCGCGUACCUGAAUGACAACAGCGUCAGCGCUUCAAGGUGCAUCACCGAGAGAAACUGGGUCUGCAACAAACCUGAUGCGUAUACAAGCCAGAAAAACGCGACGCAGAGGAUAAGGAGCUGACAAAGGCUCACAACGGGCUACUAGAGAAACUGCCUCUUGCACAACUCGUCUACAGCCAAGUUUAUAAACAAGGGCUGAGGAAUAAAAUAGCAAAAUUUGCACUGGACGCUGGAUUAUUAGGUUAAUUAAACUGAAAAACAACAGGAGGAACUUCAGCAGGAUCUGGCCACGUGAGAGGAACAGGCCACUCACCGGCAAAUGAAACAGUGUGACAAAUACACAGAGGGUCCAGUGGAGGAACAACUGAGGGUUGCUCAGCCAUCUUCCUAGCUACUAACAUCACCACAACAGCUCAGGAGAAGGAGCCGGGGUGACGUGCUGACCCCAUUAAAAUCUAUGCACAUUUUCCCAUUCAAUUCAGUGAGGCCAGCAUCUCCCCCAGGGGUGUCAUUGUAGAUCACCCAGCGCUGACCUCGGCUGAGUGUGCAGCAGCUGAUGACAAAGCAAACGAGAUGUUGGGGUAUAUAAGGAAUGUACAGGGUGAUAAUACAGAAAAUUCUCUGAUGUCAUAUGAAUCAAAGGGACACCCUGAUGGGGAACACCGUGUGCAGUACAGUCACCCAUCUCAAAGGACGCUGCAGAACUAGAGGAGAUUCAGAGACUGGUAACAAGAAUGAUGGGAGGUCACGUGGGACUUUUGUGUGCCGAGAUUGGAGCUGUUCUUGUCAGAGAAUAAGGGGACGUGAACAAGGGGAGAAAAACAAAACUGGGAGGGGGAAGGUAGAUUGGGGAGCUGCUUUUCAAUCCAUCUCUUGCUACAAGACCAAUGGGGCCGCAUAACAGAAUUGAAAAAAUCAGCAAAUUUGAAACUGAUCGAAGGACCAUGUUUUCCUACAACACACAGUUAGCCUGCGGAACUCACUGCUACAGGGUGUCAUUGAAGCCAAGAGCUUGGCAGGAUUUGUUUUUAAAAGGACUGGGACAUUGGAUACUGUUGUUCACACAAGAGAGGAAAUGGACAGGAGUUUGGGAAGGGAUCCAAACCUUCCUUCUUCAGGGCAUGAACCACCAUCUAAGUAAUGAAGAUCAGGAGGAAAUUUCUCCAUUUGGUUGGUUAUUCCGACACUGUCCACUAAGAUGUCUCUUGACCUGUCUUCUGAAGCUGCUGGGGCGGGCCCCAAACGCACUACAGCUCUGAAUUAGUCUGGCAGUUACUAUGUAAAUUGCCUCUACCCAGUGACCUCGUCCUUUGAUAACCGAUGGCUCUUCCUGAGCCAAAGACGAGUCCUGCUGCUUUUAGAAAUGAAUUCAGCCUUAGUUUUGCUUCCUGGGGCAGGACCCGGCUGGGCCGUGUGGAUUUUUGCCGAGCAGUGCGGCUGGAUAGCAGCAGAUCUCCAAGAUGUCCUGAACCGACCUUCCAGCCCUGGGGCUCCUUUUCAGUGGAGCAAUUUCCCUGCUCGAGCUGCCCAGUGCUUGGGAAGGAGCA